AUGUCUUCUUCCGUACCUGCAGCAAACACUAGUAAUAAUAGCAGCAAAUCUACGUCUUCCCCCUCCUCUAGUUCUUCAGCCAAUAGCUCUGAUUUUACCAAGGAGCAAUGGUUGGAGCUACUUCGUAUCCUCCCUAGCACUAGCCUCGUGAACCUUCAAUUGGCCUGGAAGGAGUUUGUCGAAGAGACAACAGGACAACACAACCCUGAACAAAAGACUCUUCUUCCAGAUGCCUCCACUCUAGUACGCGCUGUGGGAGUUGAUCAAAAUGAACUGACUCAGAAUGCCUAUGACAGACUCCGGUUUGAUGCUCUCCUUAAGCAACAAUUGGAUUUAGAAAGUAAAGCCAUAGAACAGCCCAACGGUUUAGAUGCUCUUGCAGCAGCUGCACUUGCAAACACCAACACAGAGACCAAUGUGACUUCAACAUCAGCGGUUACUGUGUAUCAAGGCAAGCCGGUGCCCGGCACCAGUCUGGUGGCCAUUCCAUUCACUCCCCAAAUAACUCCUGCCAUUUUAGGCGGCUUCAAGUCUGACUCAAGUCAACGUCAGUCACCAACUAUCCGAGAAACACCCAAAAGACUAGCUGCUACCAGAGCCGAAGCAGAACAAGCGGCUCAAGUUCACGGCAGCAGUUCUAAUGAGUCGAUUAAACGAAGUCGCCUUUCUAAUGACGGCUCGGUGGAGGACAUGGACACCUCUAACCCCCUAUCUCAGAUAUCUACCACCGGAAAUCUACUUCUUUCAAAUGGAACCCUAUCAGCUGUUGCCUCCUUAAAACCAGAUCCGGAAGGUAUCAACUCCAGCUAUUCCUUCCAAACUAACACGCAAGACAUCUCCGGAAACUGGAACCUUCAUACUUCAUCAUCUGUGAAUGCGCCUGCUAGUACAAGCAGUGGAGUAACUACUGCUGAAUGCAAUCGCAGGCGGGCUAGGGACGAGGGUAUAACUGAAGACGAGGCAGCAAGGCGGGAGAAACGACGAGAGCGGAAUCGCGUGGCAGCGGCAAAAUGCCGUCAGAAUCGACAGAACCAAAUCGAGGAUUUGAAGUCUCGACGCAAGAUGCUCGAGGACGAGGGUAACCAAGUGAGGCAACUUCUCGAAAACGCCAAACGGCAGAAACAGCAAUAUGAAGAAUUGCUCAAGAACCACGCGAGAAAUGGUUGUCCAACUGCUCAGCAGUAUUAUCAGGACGGAAGUCUCAUUUUGCCUCUCUCAAGCGGUAACACCACCGUCUCAAGACAACAACCUGUAACAGCUUCUAUCGAUCUCUCCUCUAUGACGCCGGUUCAAACCAGCCUACAGAUCCUUCAGUCCUCAAGCACCCACCAAAUUGCCCUUCCUACCACCACCACCACCGCCGUGAUUAAACCAGAGGCCCCUAGUUCGAGUCAAUCGUUUGUCCCUGCUCUACGACCGAGCAGCCUCCCCUUGGUUAACUCCACCAAGAUCGAAAUUCCUACUCCCACCCUGGACUCAAACACAGCAUCCACAUCUGCCAGUCAAUUCGCUCGGAUGUGGUCCUCCUCAAUUGCCUCGAAGAUUAAAACCCCUGGGGGCGAAAGUUGGGUCAAUAGUCAGAUUGGCCUUCCUCCGAUCAGUGUCACUUCUGACAAGGAUGGCAUUAUUUCCUCCACAACCACUACUACUACUCUCCUUUCGACUCCGGAUAUACUUCAUCAUCUUGGAGUCACUCUAGGAGCAGCCUCUCUCUCAAACAACUCAAGCAAGCCCCAGGAUGAGAAGAUCUCCAGCGCAACUGCGAAUACCUCAUCAACAAUAUAA